AUGGCUGCCAAAUCUACUAUCAAGGUUCCCCACCUCGGAGGCAUCGAUGCCGGCUAUCGUGUCUCGGGCUCUGGCAUCGACUCUAGCAAACCUACCCUUGUGCUCGUCAACUCCAUGUGCACCACAUCAUCUCUCUUUGAAGCACAGUUCUCUGCUCAGGAGCUCACUGACAAGAUCAACCUUCUCGCCAUCGAACCCCUCGGCCAUGGCGCCACAAGCUCAAAGUCAGAGCACUUCACCUACUGGGACUCAGCCAUCAUGAACCUCCAGGUCAUGGAAGCUCUUGGCGUCGACAAGGCUUUCGCCCUGGGAACAAGCGCUGGCGGCUGGAUCGUCGUUCGCAUGGCUCUUCUAGCCCCUGAAAAGAUCCUUGGCCUUCUCCCGCUUGGCACGUCCAUGGACUACGAGUCCGCAGAGUCUCGCGAGAAAGGCUGCUGGGACCCCAAGACUCAGCUUGGCCCCUUCUACGAGAGCUGGCACAGCAAUACGCCCACGCCUGACUUUGUCGUCGAUGACGUUUGGCGCGGUCUUGUCUCGUCGGUAGGCUUCGGAAGCAACCCGUCUCCUGAAACGCUGGCGUUCUGGGACGAGACGCUCAAGCAGGUCUAUCGCGGAGACGAGGGCCGAAAGAAGCUGCGGAUCGCCGUUGUCAACCUCUUUGAGAGGGAUGGUCUGCUUCUCCGCUUGCGAGACGUCAAGUGCCCCGUUUACUGGCUUCAGGGCACUGCCGAUCCUGUGUUUGGCACGACUGUUCCUGCUGAGCAUAUCAAGCUCUUCACUUCUAGCCCUGAGGCUACGCUUGACUUUGUCGAGGGUGGUGGUCAUUACCUGAGCGCUACUAACCCCAAGGAGAUUAACGAGGCCAUUCUCAAGAUGGUGAACAAGUAUGCUUAA